CGGAAAAAGGUUUAGAGGCAGAAUAGGGACCAGUAUCCCCGGCCAGAGGAUCCCCUCUUUCGCCCCGGCUCGCUGCCCAAGCACAGAGAGCGGUUACUUACGAUUCUACAGUCAACCUCUGGACAUCCACCUGCGAGGACGGAGGUGCUCGACCCCACGACAUCCGGUGCAGUGACAUGAAUAGUGUUUGAGACUCACAGGGACUGUCGUGUGCCCUACUUCCAGUAUCCCUAUUUUUUUCUCUUUCCGUUUUUCUCCGUUUCUCUUUUUCUCUCUCUCUCUCUCUCUCUCUCUCUCUCUCUCUCUCUCUCUCUCGCUCUUUCUCCCGCUCUCACCCGGUCUCGCAAGGACGGGCCUGGUCGAUUAAUGUAACGUGGGGUUCGCCGGACGGGCUGAGGAAGAGGACUCUUGACGCGCUGAAACCGAUGUUCCUCACGAUGUCCUGGUAUCUCGAUCUGAUGCUCCUCGUCACGGCCCUCACGCAUGUGUCCGGCGCCAAGAAGUGCGAGGGCAACGGUCUAGGUCUGAAGUACGUGUGGGGCGACGCGCUCACUGACCCUGAUGACUGCAUAGGGCCCAAUAACAUGCAAUAUCCCUCAGCCGCGAUAUCAAGGAGCUUUAAGAAUCUCUGGGCGGGCAGUAGUCGAACCGCGCGAUCGCAUCCGCCACGGACGAUUGAUCCUGAACUGACGAGGCAGGCGCUUCUGCACAACUACAAAGCGGUCCAUGGGGACUACUCCAUCGCCGGAAACUCCCGGAACGGCCGUGCGUUUUCCGCGAAGGAAAGUUGCGGCUCGCCUGCCCGGCUCUGCAAAACGAGGUACAAUACCACGGCGCCUAUGUACGGCAUCAGCCUCACCAGCGGGCAGCCGGUAACGAUCGUUCAGAAAUUUCCCGAUCUUCUGCAGCAAGUGGUCUUCGAGGUCUGCGAAUCGAAGGAAUGCGACGUGGUCCACGGUGAGUGCACGCAGACCUAUGUACCAUACCUGUUUCUGGUGAUUCCUCUGGGUCCAGUGACCUUGACCGGUCAGGAUUACGUGCUGGUGGAGAGCGGUUGCGUCUGCAAGCCGAGAAAUUCGGCGAGUGCGUCCGCCGACCCGCCGGCCGUCCCGAGCUUUUAGCCAGACCGUCGCCAUCUCGGAUCAGACAAGAGCGUCUCGCGACAUCUCGGAUCGGAUUUCGCCUCCCGUUCGCUCUUCGCGAGACGAAAGGACUCAUUAUGAAAGCGCGUGUUUGCUCUCGGGCGUCCUUCGGACGCAGGGAGUGACUUCCAACGCCGGUGUCCUCGGCAGCACCGCGACACCGAGAAAACACUCUCCGAGUGCUACUCCCGAUAAGUGAGCCGAAUCAGUCUCUCUCUGUCUGUUUAUCCUACUCGAGCCAUAUUUACUCUCUUCGGAGCUGUUCUUUUACUUCCGCCAAGGUGAAUGUCCCGGUGAGCGAGGACAAGUAACCUCGUUGAGGAAACUAAUUAAUAAAUUGCUAACACGCGUGUUGAAAGCCAAGCACGAAAGCGACGUUGCUUUUCGCUGGAGAGCUCUUUAACUUCUGUCACAGGAAUCGUGUUUUCCUAAUUUACGGGACGAUUUUCUCGUUUGUUUCGUCAGAGAUGAGUGAAAUAAAAUUUAAUGGCGGAUCUAAAAAAUGUAGACAUCUGACAUCACGAGAUCAAGAUAUCGGCGAGCAACUGGUUCGGAUCAUCGCCGUCUGUAAUCAUGACGUUAUUGGCUUUGAAUUCCGCUCGAAACUUGCGUAGCCGAUAAUGCUAAAAUUUAGAGCGUAAAUUUUAGAGCGGGAAUACAUGUUUAAAGUGAAUAUACGAAGCCGUAUUAGCCGAUUUAUAAAGGAGAGCAGGUGCAAUUGUCACGGAUCGGGAUAUUCAACUUAUUUUCUUCUUUCUUCAAUCACCGCUCAUUCUCAACGCGCCGUUCUACGGUCCGCUUGAUAACUCGAUUCCGCAUUCGCAGCGGGAGAGUCAGGCCGCUCUCGCUUACGAAUCCUCGCGCGAUAUCGCGGCGAUUUAUCGAUACCCCCGCGAACAAACGACGAGCCUCGAACUCUACCGAGCGGCCGUUUUCUGCACCGAAACCAGCUCCGGUACGCGUCGAAGCGCAAACACGGCUCGAGCAUCUCUCUCUCGCAGCAUCCUCUCCCUACUCUCUCUCACACCUUCCUCUCUUCCUUUCCUUCCUCCUCGUGCCAAAAGCCCCGGCGGGACAUAUUCCGCCGGCGUGAAGAAGCAAAUCGGGCCAGUGGUCGCGGCCGUUUCGCGGAAUCCGGUCUCGGAAUUCGAUCGAGUUCGCUAGACUCGCCUCGAGCCGGUUUCGUGCAGAUGCAACAGCACACCUCAGCCUGAGCCCCGUGUCCACACCGGCAGGAUCAUCCGCGGGGCUCCUUCGGGCGCUAUCACCGUCGUAAAAUUAUAUCACGCGCCUGCGAGUCACGAUUAAAUAAAAACGUGUCCUGCGGAAUUGCGCGGCGACAACUGAAUCGAACGAACGGACGAUCGUUGCCGCGUUAGCUUAUCUCUACGGCGGAGAUUGUCCUGUCGCCCGACGAUACCGACGGAGCCGGAAUCCGUGUCCCGUGGAAAAUCGAAGCAGCGGCGACAUUUUCGCUCCAGCAGUCGGGGCGAACGCGACGAGGUGCCCCUUGUUGGUAUGCAAACGCGAAGCACUAAGACGCGCAUCUUCAAGGUGUUACCGGAGGAAUUCCCACGCAGCGUGAACACGUCCCGCGCCAUUCUCCAGGCAUUUCGGACGCGUUGAGCGUGCUACUACCGGGAUGUCCCGGCGCUAUUUGGGUUAACAUGUCCGAAGGAUCUCUCGUAUUUCCAUGCGUCUUCCAUGCGUUGCCCGCGGCUGUAACGAUUGCAGCGCCGACGAUGAGCGCUCCCCGUUCGCCUCGUACAUCAUCGUCAUCGUGUCGCCGGCACGACGUCGGCUCCAGCCUGCUACUGACCCAGAGAGAACGAAAGAGAGAGAGAGAGAGAGAGAGAGAGAGAGAGAGAGAGAGAGAGAGAGAGAGAGAGAGAAAGGGUCAAGAUCACCAGGACGACGGGGGCACAAAGGCAGAGGCGCGCGUUUCCUGUCCCGCUUAUGUUACGCGCGAGUCUCCCCUGCGAUACGCCAGUGGCCCGCUUGCACGCUCCACAGAAACCGGACCUUGUUCGCAGUAGACCUGCAUCGGGACGGAAUUGCGUGCGUGCGUGCAUAUGUACAUACGCACGCACGCAAGGCUCGUAGAGAGAGACACGUCGAGAAUAGAGCGCAGCGUGAAUUCCGAUGAGCGUGAUGUACCGUUAGCCGCUUUGCGGGAUCGCCGUCGCGUCUCCGCGCUGCUUCUCACCUGCUCGUCAUCUCACGGCGGUGAGAUGCGCGGCGCAGCAGCCGAAAGUCGACGCGAGCGACCGAACUGUCGGGAGGACGAUCGCGUUUCCGUCGACGACGACGGACAGCGCGUACGUAACGAGAGCACGGCUUGGUCACUAAGAGUGAAUUUUCAGGGCCGCGCGAAAGGAGUAGAGCAAUGUCUCGCGGAAGGAUAAUCGUCGAUUCCAACAGUCGAUUCUUAGUGAU